AUGGCAUUCCUGGGAGCCCUGUUACCGCGAAACCCGGCAAAGUUCCUCCUUGUCGCUUUCAUCCUUGAGACUUUUUACAUCCUAUUCUUUCAUCAUAAUGCAAGGGAGCAGGCUGAGAUACAGCGCACGACGCUGACGAAACAUUACUCUCUGGGAGAAACUUUCGCCCAAACCUCGAGCUCCGAGGACCAUGGACUGAUGAGCAUCAAAGUCGCGGCCUUGUCUGACCUCGCGGAACACUACCUCGAGAAUCCGUCGCUCGAUACCCACGAAGUCAACGCCGUUGUGUCGCAGCUGUUCCCUUGGUGGAACCCGUCAACAUUGAAAUACUACCCGUGGAAGAAGCUACAAUCAUGGAAGUCGAGGAUCAUUUCCAGCAUGGAGUCGACGGGACCAAGCACGGGCAUCGUCAUGAGUGUGAUGGAUUCAUUUGCGAAGGAGGCCGCACACUUGAUUGGAUCUCUUCGGAACGUCCAUGGCUGCCAGAUCCCGAUCGCCAUUGCCUACGUAGGAGAUGACGACCUGCAGCCCCAGACGCGAGAGUUCUUGAGGAGACGGGGCAAGGACAUCACUUUCAUCGACCUCACCACGGUCUUUGACCAGGAGCUCGUCCAUCUGCAAGGAUACGCCAUCAAGCCGUUCGCGCUCCUCGCCAGUCCCUUUCCGCGAACGAUUUUGAUGGAUGCCGAUGCCAUCUUCUUCUCCAACCCGGACAAGUUGUUCGACGAGUACCCGGGCUUGCGGGAUACCGGGGCUCUGUUCUUCCACGAUCGGAACAUCAUGUCAGGAACCUCGAGACAGGAGUGGCUCGGGCACCAGCUGGAAGCGGCCGCUCGGCCCACUUCGACUUACAUGAAUGAGAGCUCCCUCUUCUAUCGCGGGUAUUCCAGCGAAGAGGCCGACGCCGCCGUCGUCUGUGUCGACAAGUCACGAGUUGGACUGUACAUGGCGGUGCUGUUUACGUGCUGGAUGAACACGAAGGAAGUCCGGGACUCGUCGACGUUCAGGGUCUGGCACGGUGAUAAAGAGUCAUACUGGGUGGCCACCGAACUGAUGGGUGUGCCCUACUCGUUCGAACCGUGGUACGCGGCCCGAAUGUCUCAGUCGCAGGAGACGGGGAUCCCAUUACUACUCGACGAUGACGAGGAGUGGGAGAAGCAGCACCCCCGACUCUCCGAAGCAGCGCAGGACAUCGCCGAUGUGUCCAACCACACCGAAACCCCUCCGCCAGAGCACAGCUCUUGCACACUACACAUGGCUCACUCCGACGCCUGGGGCAUUGAGCCGCUGUGGGCUAACGGGGCACUCUGGUACGACAAGGGAAACAAGGACCACGGUCUCAGCAACUGGACGCACUGGUACCUGGGUGAACGCGUGCACGACGUGCUCAAAGCAUUCCUCUCUGGCGGGGCGGCGGGAGACGACGACGAGGAUGACGACGCAGCCAAGAAACGACAAGAGGAAGUGGAACAACAGAUCCUGGCCACGCAGCCUGAGUGGCUGUUCAUGGACUGGCCGCGCGACUACGAGACGUGCUUCAAGCGGGACCAGCCCCGGUGGAGGCAGCUGUCGGAUGAUUUUCGAGAUAGGCUGGAGCGGAUGCUGGGCGAGGUGAGGCGGGUGGAGGUCGAGUACGAGAUUGAGCUGCGAGGGGACGAUUGA